UGCAGUGGUUAUGUAACCACAUCACUUAGGAAACACACAGUUCAAGUUAUUGACGAAACGACGGAUUCCAGCAAGGCGAUGGCAAAUUUGAAAGUACCAGAGAGAAUUCUCGUUUACCUUCGUAAUUUAUCAAAGGGGUCGAUAGAAAGAGCUGUUUUUAAGGAUUGUAUCUUAGACUCUCUGGGACAUAGUGGAUUAGAGGCCCUGGUCAGCUGUACUUUAGAAGACAACCGACUCGUAAUAUCAAAUCCAACCAAAGAAACAGAUGCAGUUGUACUAAAGCAUCCUUCAUUCUGCCCUUGUCAUGGCUUAUCGUCCAGUGAUGUAACUAACAUAACGCAGGAGGUGCUUGACCGUGGUGUGGACUGUGGAGUGGUCACUCUGCUCUGGUCCUCUGACCAGUACCUUCUCUUGACCAGAAGAGCAUCCCAUCUCCGUAAUUUUCCAGGCGUCUGGGUUCCUCCAGGCGGUCACUUGGAGAGGGGAGAAACGCUAGUUGAAGCCGGGUUGAGAGAGUUACAUGAAGAGACCGGAAUUGAAGUAGACCCAAAUAAAUGCAGUCCGAAUAUAGUUGCUUUAUGGGAGUCUGUUUAUCCACCUUUACUGUCCCGGGGUCUCCCCAAGAAACACCACAUAGUAGUCUACCAGUCAGUCACUUCAUCCAAAACCCACCAGCAGCUAGACGCAGAACUCAAGCUGGAUGCCAAUGAAGUUGGUGCUUCAGCCUGGUUAGAGGAGUCUAUUGUGAGGGCACUAACGAAGCUAUCAGAGGAGAGUGGAGAGAAAUGUGAGGCAGUACUGAAAGAGAUUCCUGAUACAAUAAGAGGCCAUGUUGUGGAUCCCGUCACAGGGAAGGCAGCUGAUGAUCAAAUACCCACCAGAGUCUUCUAUCAAAGAGCGCCACCUAGUGGUGAAGAUAUAGAGAGGCUCAGCACAGGAAGCUUGUUUGCUAUGCAGAGUUGGUUGAAGAAGUAUUCAGCAGCAUCGUGACGGCAGGAUUAGAGUUGCCCGAUCGGAAGUUCCUAUUCACAAAGCAUCUCUGUCUGCUUACAACCGUACUCGCUUGAACACCAAUUCGGCUAUGAAGCAUCGGUUGAAAAAAUAACACUGCAGCAUCAUGACGGGGGAAUUAAAGACCCUGUCGAAAGUGAAAAAGGAAAUAGAUGAAUUGUACAUCAACCGAAAGCGAAUGAGCCACAGAUUAGAAUAAUACCAAUUAUAUGCUACUUUUAGUGUAUGUCAGAGAAGUAACAGCUCUCUGAAAAAUCUAAAUCUAAAGCUUUGAAAAUCAGAAGUUGUCACCCUAAAAACUAGCUAUCAACUUGAUGACAUCAUGUUAUGCGGAGUAUGCAUAAUCGCAAUGACUUUGCAUUAAUUAAGCCCGGCUCAUGGCCUCAGCUAUAUACAUGUAGGCGAGCCAAUUGGGUCCGCAUGUUAUGUCGUUACUGUUGCUACGGCAAAUCUGACCCCUGUUGACCCGUAAUUUGGUGAGGUGCGGAAAAUGAGGUUUUAAUUUGCUUUUGUGCAAUACUGUAAGGGAAAAUAUUUGUUAUUCCUUUAAAUUUGUAUCCUACAUACAUUCAGCUUUCCAUUGAUAUAAAGUUGUAUUUUCAUCAGAUUUGAGUCUUCAAGGAUGAUGCAAUAGGAGUAACUCUGCAUAAUGCAUCACAACUUGCUCACACCAGUUCUUGAUGGAAUUCCCAUUUAAUUAAUGCUUGCACAAAUCUGGCACGCAGCCAACUCUGUACCAACUGGUGGGACAUUACCCAGUUGCGGGGUUUCUCAGAGCAUGACUUAAGGGGAAGCAGGAAGUGUUCAGUUUGGUUCAGGAGAAGCAAAUGUUUGAGAAUUUCUCUGCAGGGGGGGGGGGGGGAGGGUGAAGUGCUUAAAAACGUUGUUAUAUGUAUUAAGCGCUGUAUAAACACAUAUUAUUUUUAUUUUUAAAACAGAAGUAUGAUGUAAUGUAACAACAAAGUGCUUUUUGUUUCCGGGGUACUUACAGUUUCAGGCUUUACAAGAAGUUAAAACCAAUUUCCUAGAAUAACAUUUGUAUGAAGUUAAAACCUAUUUCCUAGAAUAACAUUUGUAUGAAGUUAAAACCUUUUUCCUAGAAUAACAUUUGUAUGAAAGAUGCAGCUGCACUUAACAUGUAAUUGUAGACCAUUUCCAUUUUUGUACAUAAAUCAUUGAUUGUGUAAUACAUUAUAUUUUUAUACUGCCUUUUUAAGGAAUUACCAUUGAUCUUCAGAAUCUGCAAUACAUUGACUCAUUUUU